AUGGCCAUCCCUGCAACCCUUGAGCCAGAGGCUGUCACCUCUUACAUAAUUUCCAUUCUUCAAGACUCAGACUACACUCCCUACAUCGGCGAGCCAAUCUCUCAGCUGCAGCAUUCCCUGCAAUGUGCUGCGUUGGCCGCCGAGGCAUCUCCAGCCGUGGAUGAAGCUACACAGGUUGCUGCGCUGCUUCAUGAUGUUGGGCAAUUCGCCCCAGCAGAUGACUUGAUUGCUUCAGCAAGUCUUCCAAUUCAAAACUUGGGAGAUGCUCCGGCUACACAGAGCGUUGGACGUGUUGGCCAUGAGACUCUGGGAGCCCGCCUGCUGCUCUCACUAGGCUUCUCUGACAAAGUUGCUCGCCUGGUGGAAUCGCACGUAGCAGCCAAACGCUAUUUGUGUGCCGUAGAUGAGUCUUAUAAUGACUUACUCUCAGAAGCAAGCAAAAAGAGCCUCUUUUACCAAGGCGGGCCAAUGACUUCAGAAGAAGUAAAGGAAUUCAGCUCGGGUCCGUGGUGCCAGGAAAUGUGCCAGCUCAGGAAGUGGGACGACGAGGCAAAGAUUGAAGGACUCGUAGUGAGAGAUUUGGACAGCUGGAGGGAGGCGAUUCAGAGGCAGAUUGAGCGAAGAUGA